GGGGAAAAAAAUAGUGGCUUUGAUGUUCUCUACCAUAAUAUGAAACAUGGACAGAUAUCAACAAAAGAACUAGCAGAUUUUGUGAGAGAAAGAAAUUUCAAGACAUUGAAGAAACUCAUCUCAUUCACAUAAAAGAAAUUAUAGGAUCUUUAUUAAAUGCUAUCAAGGAAAUUCAUUUGCAGAUAGGCCAGGUUCAUGAAGAAUUUAUAAACAACAUGGCUAAUACUACAGUUGAAAGUUUGAUACAAAAAUUUGCUGAAUCAAAAGGCACGGGGAAAGAAAGACCUGGCCUUAUUGAAUUCGAAGAAUGUGACCCUGCUAGUGCAGUUGAAGGUGUAAAACCAAGGAAAAGAAAAACUUUUGCUUUGCCAGGAAUAAUUAAAAAGGAAAAGGAUGCAGAAUCUGUGGAAUGUCCUGAUGCAGAUUCACUCAACAUUCCUGACGUAGAUGAAGAAGGAUAUAGUAUUAAACCUGAAGCAAAUCAGAAUGAUACCAAAGAGAACCAUUUCUACUCAUCUAGUGAUUCUGACUCCGAAGAUGAAGAACCAAAGAAGUACCGGAUAGAAAUCAAGCCUAUGCAUCCAAGUAACUCACAUCACACAGUGGCUUCUUUGGAUGAAUUAAAAGUAUCUAUAGGGAACAUAACACUGUCCCCAGCAAUAUCUGUACAGAUGAAUCGGAAUUCAUCGAAUGAGGAGUUAACAAAAUCAAAGCCAUCUGCUUCAUCCAUUGAGAAAGGGACCAGUGAUUUACUUGCUUGGGACCCCCUCUUUGGACCAUCUCUUGAUUCAUCUUCUUCAGCUUCACUAACCUCGUCAUUAUCAGCCAGGCCUACAACUCCUCUUUCUAUAGGUACCAUUGUCCCACCUCCAAGACCUGCUUCCAGACCAAAGCUUACUUCAGGCAAACUCAGUGGGAUUAAUGAAAUACCCAGGCCAUUCAGCCCACCUGUAACUUCCAAUACCAGCCCACCUCCUACUGCUCCCUUAGCCCGGGCAGAAAGUUCUUCCUCUAUCUCAUCCUCUGCUUCAUUGAGUGCUGCCAAUACUCCUACAGUAGGUGUGUCACGAGGUCCCAGUCCUGUCAGCCUUGGAAAUCAAGACACCUUACCUGUGGCAAUCGCCCUUACAGAAUCUGUUAAUGCAUACUUUAAAGGAGCAGAUCCUACCAAGUGUAUUGUGAAGAUCACUGGUGAUGUGACAAUAUCAUUUCCAAGUGGAAUUAUUAAAGUCUUCACUAGCAAUCCCUCUCCAGCUGUGCUGUGCUUCAGGGUGAAAAAUAUCAGCAGACUUGAACAAAUUCUUCCAAACGCACAACUUGUGUUCAGUGAUCCAUCACAGAAUGAUUCCAACACAAAAGAUUUCUGGAUGAACAUGCAAGCUGUUACUGUCUACCUCAAGAAGCUAUCAGAGCAAAAUCCAGCUGCUUCUUAUUAUAAUGUAGAUGUAUUAAAGUAUCAGGUAUCAUCAAAUGGCAUUCAGUCCACUCCUCUGAAUCUUGCAACAUACUGGAAAUGUAGUGCCAGCACCACAGAUCUCAGAGUGGAUUAUAAGUACAACCCAGAAGCUAUGGUGGCACCUAGUGUGCUUUCCAACAUACAGGUGGUGGUACCAGUGGAUGGAGGAGUUACAAACAUGCAGUCCCUUCCCCCUGCCAUAUGGAAUGCAGAACAAAUGAAAGCCUUUUGGAAAUUGUCUGGUAUUUCAGAAAAAUCAGAAAAUGGAGGUUCCGGGUCCCUUAGAGCAAAAUUUGAUCUUUCAGAAGGACCCAGUAAACCCACAACACUUGCAGUACAAUUCCUCAGUGAAGGAAGUACCCUCUCAGGUGUAGAUAUUGAACUUGUUGGCACUGGCUAUAGACUUUCCUUAGUAAAGAAGCGGUUUGCCACUGGACGAUACCUGGCGGAUUGUUGAUGGACUUGGCAAAGUGGUUGACUCCAGGGAAUAGUAUAGACCUGCCAGUCUGCAUUACCUGUUUAUUCCAAACACUAUUCUAACUUGUAUGAUGUCUUUCAAACUUCAUAUUUGAGAGCUGACUACAAACAUUAAAUUGCACUUUCAAAGUGAGUCAUUGAAAGAAAUAGCACUGAAAUGAUUUUCUACGAAGUAAAUGAUCAAAUGCAAUAUUCAGGAAGCACAUUUAUUCAGAUCUCAGUAAAAAUUAAGUUUUUGUAGGCUGGAAUUUUAAAUUAUCUUCAGUGUCUUUUAUUUUAAAAAAGGAUUGUAGUGAAAUAUCAGGCCUAAAAUUUCAGGAGAGCAAGCACAAAAUAAUUUAGCUUUCCAUAAAUUUUUAGAGUCAGAGAUAGCUUUGAAAUUUCAUAAGUUUGAUAUUGAAUGGAUAUGAACAGAAUGUGAAUUCUAAGUUUGCAUAAUGGUAACUCAGAACACUCAAUCAAAUUGAGUUAUGUGCCAUAAGGUAAUCAAACCAGAGUCCGAGUUAUAUGCAAAAAAUCUAUAAUUUGAUUCUCGUAACAUAUUAAUAAAGUGUAAAUGGUGUUUUAUAUGAUUUUUUUAAAUUCUCAAGUGCAAUGUGUUUUAAAAUAAGCUUGCAAAGGACAGCAGGAAAAAUUUGUUUCUGCAGUUAAUUAACUUUAUAGAAAUUGUGAUUGUUUUGAUGAAUUAAUGCUGUAGAUUUAAUUUAUUUUUAUAUGGAUUGCAUAAUGUGUGCCUUUUAAAACAAUAACAAAAGCCAGAAAUGUGCCUAUCUAGUUUGUGUUUGUUAAUGUGCCUCACUUUUUUUCUCACAGUCUGGAUCUUCUAUUCAGAAUCUUACAGUGGUCAAGCAUUUUUACAAGAUACUUGCAAUUUUUGUAAAUAUCUUGGCCUGCAAUUAGGAAGGGAAUUCAGAAUAACUAAAGGAUAAUUUAUACUUAAGAAUCCUGGCUCACUUCUUUAAUGAUGCACUGCAGCCAUUAGAGAAAUGAAGGUAAUGGAGUCUGUUUAUGGGGAAUAAAAUUGCCUUCAGAUAUUCUUUUAUUCUACAUUAACCUCAUCAAAAGCAUAUAUGUGACACAGAUAAAUUCUGAAAAACUAUAAUGAUAAGUUAGAAAACCUGUAUUUUAACUCAAACUCAGCAUUUCCCUUGACCCUGUUUAUCAUUGAGAUUUUACACAUUUAUUUGCUGAUUGCAUUGUGGACACAGUUUUGUUGUUUUUUAUGAGGAAUACAAAAAGAUUAAUUUUGACUACAGAGGAAGAAGUACUGUCACUUGUUUUCACUUCUAUAAUUGGCAAAAUUAUCAGUUUAAACGUUUUAAUUCUUACUUAAUUCCCACAUGAUAAAAAUAGGCAAAUUAUUUGAAGUGAUGGAUUGAGUUAAGCAUUUCUUAAAAUGAACUUACACUAAAUGAUAAGAAGUCUAACUUUGCAGCAAAUCUUGAUCAACUGAAGAAAUGAAAUGUUUUAGAAAAAAUUUCAUAAUUUACAAAUGGGAAUUUAUAACAAUAAAUACCAGUGUCCUUCAUUUUUAUAGAAGUGAUAACUUGUGUUAUAUAUGAUAAUUUAUAUAAAACCACUAAUCACUCUUUUAAGCUUUACAGAAAACAAAACUGUUUUCACUAGACGUUUAUGUAAUAUCUUGCUAUACUAAACUACAACAGAAAAUCUCUUUAUAGCAAUAUAUAACACAGUAUGUACAUUUCUAUAUGUUCAGUGUUAGCCCCAUUCUAAAUUUAAAUUUGACUAAAGAAACACUUAAGACAGUUUGAUAAAAGUUAGUCUUUACUAAAUAGCAAAAUUAGAAUUUCUCACUGUCAUGUUAUGUUCUUUAAAAUGCCAGUUACAGUCUCCUACUGGAAUUUUAACUGUAAACCUACUUUGCAAUCAAACUGCUUUUAUUGGGCAGUUAACAUUUUAUCAGAAUUCUGACACUAUUGUACUCACCAUGUUUGUUUUUAAUCAAGUAUUACCUAAAAAUGUACAGAUGAGUGAAAUGGUUAAACUUCUGCACUUUCUUAAUUAUCACAGUCUUCAUGCCAAGUGUUGAUACAUAAAUUGUAUUGGGUACAGGUUACAAUUUUGAAGCCAUAUGAGUUUAUAUUGAUUUUUUUUUCAUUUAAAAUCCACUAAUGGUGUAAAAAAGGACCAGUAGGUUUUCAGUGGGAAAUGUAUCGAGCAAGCUGGUUCUUGCUUAUAUAUAGUUAUAAACUUCCUAGCUGCCUCUUUAACCAAGAAUUUGUAAACACAGAACUCUAACAAACGUGAGUUUUUAAGGAUUGUUAUUUACUACUUUGGAUUGUAAUUAGAACAAUGCACAUCUUUCUUUCAAAAUUUUGUAAAUAUUUUUGAUUUUUUUCAUAAAAUGCAAAUUUCACAUGAAAGUUGUACCCUUAAUAAACGUGUAAUAUAUAAUUUA